AUGACCAUGAAAUAUGUACUUGUCUCGGGUGGUGUCAUAUCGGGGAUUGGGAAAGGAGUCAUAGCUUCUUCUACCGGCUUGCUCCUCAAAACUAUAGGGUUAAAGGUCUCCUCAAUCAAGAUUGAUCCAUAUAUGAAUGUUGAUGCCGGAACAAUGGCUCCCACUGAGCAUGGUGAAGUCUUUGUUCUUGAUGACGGUGGAGAAGUUGACCUCGAUCUUGGGAACUACGAGCGCUACCUUGGCAUAACACUAACCCGUGAAAAUAAUAUUACUACCGGAAAAAUUUAUCAACAUGUCAUUGAAAGGGAACGUCGUGGAGACUACCUUGGCAAGACAGUCCAAGUUGUACCCCAUCUCACCGACGCUAUACAAGACUGGAUAGAAAGAGUUUCCUGCAUCCCGGUUGAUGAUACUUAUCAACGUCCGGACGUCUGUAUAAUUGAGCUUGGUGGAACAGUAGGUGAUAUCGAAAGUGCUCCAUUCAUUGAGGCUAUGCGCCAGCUAAAGAGAAGGGCAGGGAAAGGUAAUUUCAUGCAGAUUCAUGUCUCCCUCGUUCCGCUAGUUCAGGGCGAACAAAAGACAAAACCCACCCAACAAUCUAUACGGGAUGUCGGCCGAGCCGGAUUAGCGCCUGACUUGAUCGUCUGUCGCUGUGAUGUUAAACUAGAGAAGGGUACUAUCGACAAGGUAGCAAUGUUUUGCCAGGUCGAAACUGAACAAGUCAUAGCUGUGCACAAUGUAGCCUCAACAUAUCAUGUUCCACUCCUGCUCCAUACCCAGGGUAUAAUACCCACUAUUCGCAAAAUAAUUCUUCUCGACGAAAUUUCCAUACCUCAAAACUUGAUAACUCAAGGUACUGAGAUCUGGUCUGAAUGGAGAAACCUCACGACUCAAAAAGAUCGCUUUUUUGAUAGUGUUAGCAUUGUUCUGGUCGGAAAAUAUACUAGUCUACAUGACUCGUAUCUUUCCGUCAUAAAAUCCUUGGAGCACUCAGCCAUGCGUUGUGGUAAAAAGCUCAAACUGAUUCUCGUUGAUGCUUCCCACCUCGAAGAUCAAGCUCGCACUGACGACCCAGCUACAUUCCACAAAGCCUGGCAUGAAGUUUGCACCGCACAAGGAAUAAUAGUGCCUGGGGGCUUUGGUCACCGCGGAACUGAGGGUAUGAUCCAAGCAGCUAAAUGGGCACGUACAAAGAAAGUACCAUUUCUCGGAGUGUGUCUUGGCAUGCAGAUUGCCGUUAUUGAGUUUGCCAGAAGCGUUUGUAACAUGCCAAACGCUUCAUCUAUUGAGAUGGACCCUCAAUGUAAGGAGCCGGUAGUUAUUUUCAUGCCAGAAAUUGAUCCCGUCAACCUUGGUGGUACAAUGCGCCUCGGCCUUCGGCCGACACAUUUUCAGGAUGGAACAGAGUGGUCUAAGGUCAGAAAAAUGUAUAAUAAUAAAAAGGUGGUUCUAGAACGACACCGACACCGUUACGAAGUCAACCCCGAGUGUAUCGAAAAGUUACAAUCCCAAGGACUUGAAUUUGUGGGCAGAGAUGAAAAGGGCGAGCGAAUGGAGGUCAUUGAGCUAAAAGAUCAUCCAUGGUAUGUAGGCGUUCAGUUUCAUCCUGAAUAUCUCUCCAGGGUGCUUGCACCCAGUCGACCAUAUUUAGGAUUUGUAGCUUCAGCAGCAGGCUGCUUAGAAGAGAUAUCAGGCAACUCACCAAUUUGCGUCACCGGCAAAGAAUAG